AUGAGUGGUGCAGCGGCUAGAUUCCUGCUCCGAUUGGAGAUGCCCUCGCCCGGGGUGAUGCCACCGCCGCCCACCGAAUACGAUUGGGGGCCGAUCAGCGAGGACGAGUUUCUGGCCAGCGCCACGGCCACCGUGAUGCCUACGGUGCGCUACGAGCUAUUCCUGAACACCACCAGCAGCACCACCGCGGCCACUAUCUUGACUCCGCACCACCACUUCAACCACACGGAUUUGCUGUAUCCGCAUUACGACGACCCAGGCCAGAACGCGGAACCCAACUGGACAAGAAUAUGCGAGGAUGUCUAUAGUCCGGAUAAUGAGAAUACGAAAAUCGAGUUCUGGGUAUGCGGAGUGCUCAUUAACAUCGUGGGACUGCUGGGCAUCCUAGGCAACAUCAUAUCGAUGAUUAUACUUUCCAGGCCCCAGAUGCGGUCCAGCAUAAACUAUCUGCUAACCGGACUAGCGCGCUGCGACACUGUGCUGAUUCUGACCUCCAUCCUACUGUUUGGAAUACCCUCGAUAUACCCGUACACGGGGCACUUUUUCGGCUACUACAACUACGUGUAUCCGUUCAUAUCGCCGGCGUUGUUUCCCAUCGGCAUGAUUGCCCAAACGGCCAGCAUCUACAUGACCUUUACGGUCACCCUGGAGCGGUAUGUGGCCGUCUGCCAUCCGCUGCGGGCCAGGGCGCUCUGUACUUACGGCCGAGCAAAGAUCUACUUUAUAGUGUGCGUGUGCUUCGCUCUAGCCUACAAUAUGCCGCGAUUCUGGGAGGUCCUGACGGUGACCUACCAAGAACCAGGGACAGAUGUCAUCCUGCACUGCGUGCGACCUUCGCUAUUCAGGUUAUCGGAAAGCUACAUCAACAUAUAUAUACACUGGUGCUACCUGAUCGUGAACUAUAUAAUACCCUUCCUUACGCUGGCGAUAUUGAACUGUCUGAUCUACCGGCAGGUCAAGAGGGCGAACCGGGAACGCCAGAGGCUGUCGAGGUCGGAGAAGAGAGAGAUCGGUCUGGCCACCAUGUUGCUAUGUGUGGUGGUGGUCUUCUUCGUGCUCAACUUCCUGCCGCUGGUGCUCAAUAUAUCGGAGGCCUUCUACGGCACCAUCGACCACAAGCUGACUAAGAUCUCCAACCUGCUGAUCACCAUCAACAGCAGCGUCAACUUCCUCAUCUACAUCAUCUUCGGCGAAAAGUUCAAGCGCAUUUUUUUACUCAUUUUUUUCAAGCGGCGUCUGAGUCGUGACCAGCCGGAUCUCAUCCACUACGAGAGCUCCAUAUCGAACAACGGGGAUGGCACACUGACCCACCGGUCCUCCGGCCGCUUCUCCCGCCACGGCACGCAGCGGAGCACCACCACGACCUACCUGGUGGCCACCGGCGUGGGCGGCGGGCCAGGCGGGUGCGCUGGUGGCGUUGGCAAUAGCUCUCUGAACAACGUCCGGCUGACGCAGGUCUCCGGAUCCCCGGGCCUGGUCAAGAUUAAACGGAACCGAGCCCCGUCGCCGGGUCCAGUGGUCUAUUUUCCAGCCCGUGAGAUGCAGCGAUCCGCCUCAACGACCACCAAUUCGGCCACCAACAAUAACACAUCUAUCGGUUACGACUGGACGCUGCCGGAUGGCAAGAAACUGGGGCACGUCUCGUCCGGAUUUUGAGGCUGAGGCUGUACUGGGGGCAGGGCAGGGGCUACUCUAGUCCUAUAGACAUGUAAGAAACGAAAAGCAGAGGUUAAAAUAAUAGUCGUAUUAGAAGUUCCAAGCUCUGAGAGUUAGGGUAGCCUCUGAGAGAUAAUUACGUCUUGAUAGUCCUGCUAAUACUUUUGUUAUUUUAACCUCUGCUAAUACUAUAAAGUUUACCUGUACAGAAGGCAUCAACUAAACGCUCCAAGCGUUGCGUUACUUUGUGAUAAGCGUUAAGUGUUUCCUUCCCAGAUUUCUCUUCUAUUACUCCUCGAAAACUUUACUCGUUGAUAUAGAUUCUAAGGAAAACGAAUAAAAACUCUAGAUCAGGCUAAAUAACACUCAAUUAUCCGACUGAGAACCGACUCUUUUUCAUUUUUUUCGUCCUGUUCAAUCAAUUGAGUUUGUAUCAAUUUUUCAGAAAAUUAGUCAGGAAAAGUUUCAUGAACGGACACUGAAAGUUGCUACCCAAUAUCGUUUUGACUUUCCAAUGGCCUUUGGUCAAAGUUUUAUUUAUUAGCGUAAACUUUGCUGUUGCCUUUAAUUAAAUAUCCUUUACAAAGCAUUUCACUGAAUGAUUUUCCUUUUCUUUUUGGUGAUUUUUUUUUGGGUUUUUUUCCAUUGAACUUUUUGAAGUGCGGAAAAGGACUUGGUAGUAUUUCGGACCUAGGCCUUUCAAUCUGUCAACUUGUCAGAAAGUUUUUCAAAGUUCAGCUCAAAAGUUUUCGCCACCAUUAUUUAGUCGCCCUGAACUCAACUCAAGUAGCUCAAUUUCAACAAUAAAAUAAAAGACAUUUUCAGGUGUUCAUCAAAUGAAUUAUUUAUACAGAUCCCACAGUUAAAGAAUAAAAACCUUGCCAUUAUGUAAAUACUAUUAAGGCUUAGUGUAAAUAUUUCUAAACUACAAGGUAUGCAAAGCAUAAGCAUAAACAUAAUUUCAAUUGAGAUUACAGAUUCUGGGAAGAGAGGGAUUUUCAAUUAAGAGGUAGAGGUAAUAAUAUGUAAUACUCAUUAGCCUCUGCCUUGAUUUCGGAAAUCCCACUUUACCAAUCAAUCUACACAAAACUCGUUUAGUUCUAGUUUAGUUUUAAUAUUAUAUAGUCAUAGAAAAUACGUAAUCAAAACUAAAAUCAUAAAUAAAAUUUCAAGC